AUGAAAGGAAGACUUGGGAUACUUGGGGGAUGUAGUGGUCGGAAGAAGAAGAAGGAGGUGUGUGGGGGUUUAUUGUCGCUGCUGCCAGAUGAUGUGUUUGUGGACAUCCUGGCUAAGUUGCCGAGAUUGGACCUGGUGGCCUUAGCUACGGUCUCCAGGAGACACCGGAAUAUCGCAGCGUGCCAUAAACUCUGGAGCAUGAGGUAUAGAUUGAAGAGCGUGGAGCCAUAUAUGUACGUAUAUAUGCACAUGUAUCCAGAUCCAAGCCCACGGUGGUUCGUCUUCCACCCCGUGCAGCGUCGCCUGAAACGGAUCCAUGCUCCUCCGAGGAGCUUCUGUCCUGCUGCUGCUCCAGUAGAAGGAUCGUGUUUCGUGAGGACGGAUCGGGGGAUCUAUACCAUCGGUGGACUCCUCAUGGACGGGAAACCCACAUCGGGAGUCACGUUUUUCGAUUGUAUCGAUCACAAAGUGUACCAGGUUGCCCCCAUGAAGAUGGCUCGAAGCGGAGCAUCGGCAAGCUUGAUAGAGGAGAGGAAGAUAUAUGUGUUUGGAGGGUGCUUCGCUGCUGAUAGUGAUUCCUCAAACUGUUGGGUAGAAGUAUAUGAUAUCCAUACGAAAACUUGGGAGUUGUUGUCUGUUGUGUCUACCCCGCCCAAGAUUAAGAUGCCCCUCAAAAUCAAACAAAGUAUGACGAUGAUGCACGAGAAGAAUGUCUACAUGGUCGCUGAGGAUGGCGAAAUCUUCUUUUUCUCAACUAGUGAAUGUAGGGUUUUGGCAGCAGGCGGAGUAAAAGACUCUGACCCGGAAAACCACAACGAUUGGCGUUUAUAUGAUGAGACAUUCAUCUGCCGCGGUGUCGGCGGGAGAGUACUGUGGCGUUCUCUAUAUAAAUUGGGUUGGAAUGAAGUCAAGGGUUUGGAAGAGCUGCAGAAGCAACACAUCAUCAAAAUCUGUGCCUUCCCUCCUGAUAGGAUAGCCAUCUUCUGGUCCCAAGGUCCUGCUUAUCAGACUUUGGAGCUUUGGUUUACUGAGGUUUCCCUCAAGGGACACUGGGAGACCGAGGACGAAUUUCAGCUUUGGGGGAACAUUGAGUCGUCCGCUGCUGUCUUCUCAGACUCUUCCAUUACUGCCUUUCAUUUGUUAUAUGCUGAUUCUUUCUUUCUCUGA